AUGGAUCCAAACCCUGGCUUGCUUCCUCCUCUGUCCCGGGCUUGCUCCCACCUGGCAGAACCCUGUAUGGAAGGUGAGAGAAGCCCAGCCCCUCGAGAGAAGGGCAGAGACUCCCCCUUUGCCUGGAGCCUGGGCCCCAGCUCCAGCUUUGCCGACCCUGACUGGUUUUGGGAUGAGAACAUCCAAGCAAAGAGGGCCAGGGUGGAGACCAUCGUCCAAGGCAUGUGCCUCUCUCCUCACGCUCUGGCUCUGGUCCCGGGCAAUGCCCGAGCCAGGGAUGGUGCCUGUUGCCCAGAGAAGGCCCGGGAGCGGAAGAGGAAGCAGAGCCUUCCCAUGCAGCAAGGCCCCCUGAAGCCAGGCCCUGCCGGAGACCAUGGCAGCAGGAAAGUGGGCCCUCGGGUAAGGGAACAGCUCCAUCAGCUGAAGCAACAGCUAAGACAUUUACAAAAGCACAUCCUGCAGGCUGCUGAGCCCAGGGACACAGCCCAGGACCCAGGAGGCUCCGAGACGGACAAGGGCCCUCUGAGCGUAAAGCAGAGGAAGGGCUAUGGAUCUAGGCCCUGGGCUAUGGACAGUGACCAUUUCCAGGGUUCCCGUGGGGACCUCUCCGGGGAGGAAAAACACAGAGCGUCUGAGGCGGGCUACCAGUCUGAGGAGCCCAGGUUCCUUCCUUGUGGAGCGCGGGCUUUGCUGGAGAUUCUGAGGAAAGAAUUGACCGGGGCAGUGUCCCAAGCUGUGGACUCAGUAUUACAAAAGGUACUAUUGGAUCCACCAGGCCACCUGACUCAGCUGGGCAGAAGCUUCCAGGGGCUUGUGCCAGAGGGGAGAAGUGAGCCCUCACCUCCUGAGAGAGGUGCCUGUAAAGAUCGAUUUCCUUUGGCCACCUUGCCCAGGAGGGCCCAGCCACAGACUGCGGUCCCCUUGCAAACCCUAUCACUGGCCAAGUCUCUGGAUCCUCCUAGGUACCCUGCCUCUCUGAGGAUGAUCCCCAGAUCCUAUCAGGGUCCCCCAGCAAACUGUCCUUUGACUGUGCCUUCCCACAUCCAGGAAAAUCAGAUUCUUAGCCAGCUACUGGGCCACGGACCCAGUGGUCACUGGAGCAUCACACUUCCCCACGACUCCUCUUCCCAAAGUCACCCCUCCUCAGAGUCCGCUCUGCGACCAUGGGGAGCUGUCAAACUGCGACCAUCAGUCCUGAGCCAGCAGCACCAUGCCUUGCCCUUCCCUCCCCGCCGUUUGGAAAGACUGCCCCUUCUCCCCUCAGUGAAGAUGGAACAGGGCGGUCUGCAGGCCACCCCCCAUGUGCGGCCUUUUCCUUCAGUCCACAUCCAGGAGGGCCUAAAUCCUGGUCACUUGAAGAAGGCCAAACUGAUGUUUUUCUUCACACGCUACCCCAGCUCCAACCUCCUGAAGGCUUACUUCCCUGAUGUCCAGUUCAACCGCUGCAUAACCUCCCAGAUGAUCAAGUGGUUCAGCAACUUUCGUGAGUUUUAUUACAUCCAAAUGGAGAAAUUUGCCCGGCAAGCGAUUUCAGAUGGUGUCACGAAUCCCAAGAUGCUGAUGGUACUCCGCGACUCAGAACUUUUCCGAGCUCUCAAUAUGCACUAUAACAAGGGGAAUGAUUUUGAGGUCCCAGACUGCUUCUUGGAAAUUGCCAGCUUGACGUGGCAGGAGUUCUUCAGGGCUGUCUCCGCGGGUAAAGACUCAGAUCCUUCCUGGAAGAAACCCAUUUAUAAAAUUAUUUCGAAACUGGACAGUGAUAUCCCAGAGAUAUUCAAAUCUUCCAGCUAUCCCCAGGAGCUGUGUCAGAAUUAA